UAAACACGCCGCGUCUCCCUUCGUCACUUUUGUAAACACCACAUUCACACUCUCUCGUUCGCUCUCUCUCUCUCAUUGCGGGCCACCAUACUUGCGCGCGCAUGUCACCUUGCGAUAUAGGGCUCAGAUUUGUGUAAAAAGUAUUUUGGUCUGUGCCAGCGGCUGGGAAGAGAAGAGAAGGUGGAAAGAAGUGUAUUAGAAGAGAGAAGGGAAGAAAGGACAGAAGGAAGAUGGACGAAAGCCAGGAUAAAAAUGAAGCAGGCGUGGUGGGACGGUGGCGACGCUUGGUGACGAGCGAGUGGGUGAACACGGUCAGGAGUCACGUGUCCCUGCUGGCGCUCCUCGUGGUGUACACUCUGCUGGGGAGUAAGAUUUUCCAAGUGCUGGAAUCCUCGGCGGAGAAAUCCAGACUAGAUGAGGCCAAAUUGAGACUGUCUGAGGCGCGGCACGGCUUCCUGGAUAGCGUGGAGGGCAUGGAUGCGGUGCUGGGGAACGGGGAAAGAGAGAGGAUAUCUGGGUUGCUGAGGAAGUACGAGGAGGCAGCGGAGGAUGCUCAGAUGGGCGGAGCGUCACUUACCACGGACGCAAACCCCCGCUGGAAUUUCCCUCAAGCUGUUUUCUUCAGCGCCACCGUUCUGACUACGAUCGGUUAUGGCAACAUCGCCCCUGAGACAGCCUGGGGUAGGGUGUUCUGCAUCGUGUUCGCUCUGGUGGGGAUCCCUCUCACCCUGACAGUUCUCGCCAGUUUGGGCCGCCCCCUUGUCUCCCUCCUACCCGUUGCCUCCAUCGAAAGACUCCUGCCCAAGGGUCGCAUGAAGACAGCCGUGACGAUACUAGCAACUCUGAGCCUGCUGGUGUCCUUCCUUGCCCUGGGCGGCCUGCUCUUUAUGUGGCUGGACUCCCGCACCUUCAUGGAGGCCUUUUACUUCUGCUUCAUCACUACCACCACGAUUGGCUUCGGGGACAUCGUGCCUGAAUCGACAGAGACGGCGUUCAUCAUCUGCUGCUUAGUAUACAUCCUGGUGGGCCUGGUGCUCACCACCACCGUGAUCGAGUUGGUGCAGCGCCAGUACGCUUCCUCCUGGGCUGAGAUGAAGCAGCUCACGGCACGCCUGCACGCCCUCUCUGGUCCCCUCGCCUCGGCCAUGCGUAAGCUGGCUGAGGGCGGCGCUGGCGAGGUUGAGAUGGACCCGGAGUUGGUGAGGGAGCUUCGGGACCUUAACGUGACUCUGGCGGAGGUGCAGCGGCGGGGAUCAGCGUCAGGCACCCCACCCCCAGCCCAGGCAGACCCGUGGAAGGCGCUGCUGCUCACCACGCUCACCAAACGGCGUCUCAAGCUGGUCAUGUACGAGAGUAAUGUGUGAUUAUCGUACUUUGAUCCGUAUUCUCAAACACUUCUGUGCUUCACCUACACUAUUUCAAGAAGAUUUAUUUAAAUUUACACUGGUUUUUAAGGUGCUUUUUAGUGUUCUAGAGGUAGAGUGACAAGAUUUCUACAUUAUUAAC